UCCAUCGAGAGGAUUGUUGGGGGAUGAGAGAAGAAGAAGCUACUACCUGAUCCCAUACUUCCCUAUUGUUUCAUGACACAAAAACAUAGAAGUCAAAAUAAAAAAAAGCACAAAAUGGCUCACCCAAUUCACCAAGCAAACCAAAACAGCCCAUUUGGAGACCUCACAAGAGAAGAUUUCUACAACAAACACCAAAUCCUCCACCAAGAGAGCUUCAUGUUGAACAAACAAAACAUUAAAAUCUUCACUCAGUCCUGGCUCCCCAGCUCGGCUCCACGGCUUAGAGGGCUCAUAGCUGUCAUCCACGGCUACACCGACGAAAGCAGCUGGCUCAUUCAGCUCACCGCCAUAGCCAUAGCCAAAGCCGGGUUCUACGUCUGUGCACUCGACCUCCAAGGCCACGGCAACUCAGAUGGUGUUCGCGGUCACAUCCCGGAUAUCGAGCCUGUGGUCGAGGAUUGUGUCCAAUUCUUUGACUCGGCUCGAGCCAGCCAUCCCAAGCUGCCAGCUUUUAUUUUUGGUGAGUCACUAGGUGGUGCAAUAGCUAUACUCAUGUGCCUAAAACAAAGGAAUAGUGAGUGGAGUGGCUUGAUAUUGAAUGGAGCCAUGUGUGGGGUUUCGAAAAAAUUCAAGCCGGUGUGGCCGCUCGAGCAGCUGCUUCCAGCGGCGGCUUUCGUAGCGCCGACUUGGAAAAUAGCGAUCACGGAGGAUCCGGCGAAGAGGUCAUACAAGGAGGAGUGGAAGAGGAGGCUGGUGAUGAAGAGUCCGAACCGGGCGGCCAAUGGGAAGGUGACAGCAGCAACUGCACUGGAGUUUCUGAGAGUAUGUGAGUACAUAAAGAGGAACAGCCAUGGGUUAAAAAUUCCUCUGCUGGUGGUGCAUGGCGGGGAUGAUAAGAUAUGUGAUCCCAAAUCAGCUAGGUUGUUGUAUGAAUCAGCUGCAAGUGAGGACAAGACUUUGAAGAUCUUCACUGGUAUGUGGCACCAAUUCAUUGGUGAACCAAAUGAGAGUGUUGAGCAAGUGUUUGGGACUAUUUUAACUUGGAUUGGAGAGAGAGCUGAUAAUGCUAGUGAAACUUAUUCCAAUAAUGGGUUUAGUUUUGAGAAGAAAAAUGAGAUUUAAAAUUUUUUGAUUUCACUAAUGCUAUGUUAUUGAAAGACAUUUUCAACGUAUGUUGUGUUGCUGAAUCAAUACUGUUAGGUUUUUAUUUUUGACAAUCUCGUUUGAUAAAAUUCCUGUCAGUUGUACUUUUAUUUGUUUUUUUAUUUCAGUGAAAUUGUGAGUACUUCGAUAAGAAUCCAA